AUAGGAAUAGACUGAGGCCCUAGGCACAUGGAUAUAUAACCCAUGGUUUAUCCACAGUCAGGGCAACAGAAAAUUCUGUGACGGCCCUGAGUGCAUAGACAACUUCCAGUAAUGACAGUGAUAUUACCAGAGGACAAUGAAGUAGAAAUAAUUGCGGCAAUUGUCUGGUAACUUUCUCUCAGGUAAUGUGGGAUCCCACUCUCUCCACACACUAUAAAACUGGAAUAUUGCACUCAGAGGACCACAAACGCAGCACUUGGAGCACACAGCGAGAACUACCGCAAUCUGAAGGCACUCCAACCCCACAGACGGAACUACGGAAUUCUGACGGCACUGAAACAGGACAAAACUCCAACCAAGCUGCUGUGACAGUUUUUGCACAUUCUGAUACAUUUUGUUACAAUUUUAUAUAUUGUACCAAAUCAGUGACAAACUUUGGAUUUGAUCUUUUUUUUCACAUUUUGUUACAAUUGAAUACAUUGUAACAAAUCAGUGACAAACUUGGGAUUGUAUUUUGUUACAUUUUGUAACUGAGAAACACUCUUGUGUGUAACAUACUAUAACAUUAUUGCAUACCUGAACAACUGUAGCCAACUGUGACUUACAUCACCGUACAGCAUGCAAAGUUCAUCAUCAUUAUACUGCACCCUGGUGCUGGGGGUUUUCCUAGGAUUAUUUCACCUGAUACUGGCUCACCCACCCUCCUCUCCCCACAGUUUGGACUACUGGGACACAGCAGUGCCCUCACAGGACGAUCAAUACCAGGACAACACAGAGGCAGCUGACCCUCAACAGGACAAUGCAUUGCACAUUCAGGACUACACCAACGUCCAGUUAAAACUACUGAAAGUUUUGUGGGAACUCAGAAAUAUCAUCACAGAACAGCAGAAAGAGGAAAGUGAGGCGGCAGACUCAGCGUCCCUAAAAGAAUCAAAGAGGAACCGCUGGGGUGCCUUCCUAGACCUGUCAGAGGUGAAAACGUGCUGCCGUAAUGGAAACAGAAACUGCUGCGCCACACUAGGAAGGCCAGUACACCAUGAAGGCUGAGAUAGCAACUGCAUGAGGCAACAAUGCUAGGCCGUCCCUUCUUGUUACCAGUACACCAGUGCCACCUAGUGACAGCAUCAAAGCCGUCUGCUCCUCUGAGGAGGCAGAGGCACAAAGACUGUGUGCAUUUCUUCAGCAACAAAUGGAAAUCUACUGUAAAUCUCUGGACCUGUUUCACGCUGGUCUGGGACUUCAGCAGCUGGGCCUCAGUGUUCAAAACAUCAGGACCACGCUGCUGGGGGACCCAUCAGACAUACCUUGUUAACCUACUGACUUCACUGCAAGGGGACACCCCCUGGAGCAACCCCUAGGGGCAUGCCCCGAGAUACCCCCUAGGGAUAUACCCCUGGGUUCAAUAGAACUGACUGACGACAAUAAGCCUCUAAAAUCUUUAAUCACUUUUCUGUGGCAUCCAAAGUGAGGAAGAUGCAAACCUGCAAUUUUGUGUAUUUAAUUGUUUUCACAACUUUCAUAAAAUUGUUCAAAUACCCCAAAUACGCCUAACAUUUUCAAAACUUUUACAUUAGAACUAUCAAGCAUUUUCAGAAGGAAAUAAAAAUGUCCACAGGACAGAAACUAUGAGGCUGCUGCAUUAAAAAUCAUGUUUUUUGAUUAAGUUACGAUAAUUCAUAUGACACAAGUUAGACAGAACAAAUGCAGUCAAGAUCAAUAGUUCCAUUUUGAAUUUAAAAAUCAUUCCACACAGAAAUAGUGGUAUCAAUUUGACAUUUAAUUUUUCUGAACAAUUUAAUUGCUGCAGGAUAGGGAUAAAUAAACCAAGUUCAUAUGAAACCUUUUCAGGCUUCAGAGUAUUUAUUUGGUUUGCACCUCAAUCCGACACACAUAAAUCAUCAUUUAUUCUCAUGCAAGUAUGACCAGGUCUUAAUUUUAAACAAAUUUUAUUACUGGAUCCUAAGAUUUGUGGGCAAAAAUGCCCAAAUUGACGACUCCAGCCACAAACCAUGUGUUUGCUUAUAUACCCAUUUGGUACCUUCCGUAUGAGCUGAAGAUGGUCAAGAAUGCAUUGUUGACGUAUUAAUAGUCCUUUGUUGAUAAAAAGAACCCAUAUAUGUAC